AUGACAGUAGAGUCUACCACCACAACGGCAGUGUGUAUUGAUUCUUUAACGGGCAGCUCCUCUCACGAGACGAAGCCUGUGCCGCUAUCACCCCCUAUCUCACCAGAGGAUCAGACCAGUUUGCCCCGACAGCGAAAUAAAAUUAUUCAUCAGAUUCAACAUCGUGCUUCUCCCACCGAUUCCUCAUCGACAACGACCACCGCUCUGUCUAACACAGCCCCCGCUCCGAAUCUGUCAGCUCAUCGGCCUUCAACGCCAGAGACCGUGCGAGUCAAGCCAGAAAUUACGUCGCCCUCGCCGUCACUAGGCCCCUCGCCAUCACCAUCACCAUCGCCAUCACCGGAAGAGGACCCAGACACAACUCUUCGGCCCCUAGUAGACUAUUUCCGCUCCCAACACACUGAAAACCAGCAUUUGUCCGAGCAAAAGCCAAAUCCGACCCCCGACACCCCUUCAUCGCCAACAGCCCGAGCCCUGCGCAGUCUUGGGCUUACUCGAGCAGACCUCGCACAACACGCCCAACGCAUGAAAAGUUUUCUCGGUGCAGGCGGCCGUCGCGGCUUCCCGUCAGCUGCAGAUCUGGCUAGUCUAGAUGUCAAAUCUGAACCGACCGACUCGGACAUGUUGUUGACCCAAUCAUCCACAUCUAGUAUCUGCCGACAGACAUCCGUUGUUUCAUACACAUCGUCGGCCUGUACAACGACAACUACGGACAUUUCGCGAGCGUCAUCAACAUAUCCCAAUGUGCCAUCAACCAGCACCUCUUUUGAUACUACGCCAUCGAGGCAACGCCGUGCUGCUCGCGGCCGGCCUAUUCUACCUCCACUCCCCCCUUCGUCCCCCCCGCCCAUGCUCAGCCCCGUUCGCUCUGGUGAAUCAAACCGAACUGGGAUAAACUCUUCUCCCAUCAGGAGCCCUCUCGCGUCGCCCUCGCAAGCCGGCCCGAGUCACACCUAUGCUAGUGCAGAUUAUGCCAACCCGAACGAUCCGCCGUACAAUUUGCCGCCCGCCCCCAGGCCGCGUGAAAAACCAGCGGCUUCAUAUGCGGCACUUAUUGGCCAAGCUAUCAUGAGCGCGAUUCCAGGUCCUGAUGGCAAAAAGAAGCUUACUCUUGCUCAGAUUUAUGCGUGGAUUUCCGCAGCGUGGCCAUUUUACAAACCUGGUGAAGCAGGUUGGAUGAACUCGAUUCGGCACAAUCUUAGUCUUAAUGACUGUUUUGUCAAAAUCAAGCGUGACGGUCGGGAGAAAGGUAAAGGUAGCUUUUGGGGUAUUCGCGAGGGAGAUGAAGAUAUGUUCGCUAAUGGUGGUUUCGUCCGACGCAACUCCGCGGCCAAGAAGCGUAAGAAGGAGCCUACACCUGCCAGAGAAGAGCCUGAAUCGUCGCGUCCUGCACCUGAGCCCGCCAAAAGAACCCGAACCAACACAGCAUCUGCUGCCCCAAAUUAUGUCUAUGAACCUCCUCAUUACCCACCUUUACCUGCAUCGACUUCCGUUGCUUCUGCUAGUCAACCUCCCAAGCGAACCCGUGCAGCCCCUGCUACGUCGGCCAAUAAAAAACCAUACCGGUCUCCGGUUGACAAUCGUAUCCCUUCCUCUUCGCCUGCGCGAGCUGAAAGUGGAAAGCGAGCACAGAGACAGGAAUACCAGGGCGACCCGCCUGAGCUCACACCCAACAUGAGUUCUAGUCCUGAUAUCCCAGCUUCGUCGCCCAUUUCGUCCAGUCCGCCCCCACAGUCCACCGAUGGGGGUUCGGCCGAGCGACCAGCUGUCCCUGAAUACUCGACCAAGUCUGGUCUCAUGGAUAUGGUUAUAAAUAAUUCAGCCAAGAAGCGAAAGGUUUCUGGUAGUGGCAUUAAUCCUAACCGAUUAGGUGCGUUGGGUAAUGGUUCGCCUGUAAUGAAACGAAGACCGAACGGAACCGAAGAGGAACCACGAACUAUCUACCCCGCAUCGAUGUUAAAUCGCCCCGGAUCCCCGACACAACACAUCAACCCCCGAGCGACACUCAAAACACGAAGCGAGCAACACGCUCGACGGGAAACACCACCAGUCAUACGUCCUGACGAUUUACGAACUUCUUCGCGCGGCUCGGAGCCCGUCACUCCUCCUCGGACACUCGAGAAGCCCAGCCUAUUCGGUGACUCUGGAAGCGGCGGACUGGACAGGCCCCAAUUUGUCGCCCUCAAACCAUCAGACAUCAUCCCAACUACACCACCACGCACGCUUGCCCCCCUAACGGUCGCUACCUCUGCCGAACGCACACCUCUCUCUUACGCCGCAUUGCACAUGUCCCCAUCCCGCCCCUCGGACUUGUCUCACUUUAAAACAUCUCUCCAUCCUCCUUCAAACGACUUUACUACCCCACUAAUGCGUCGCGUACCGUCGUUUAGUGGAAUCAUGCUUGCCAUGCCUACUGAAUCGCCGCUCCGCACUCCGCUGGGGUACGGCGGCGCACGCGACAUCAAUGAUCUCAACUCUGGGUGCGCAGAAGAACUAAUGAUGACCCCUGCGAGCCGGCUCGCGAUUGCAGGCACCGCGCCUGGUAAUGAACAAAGUCCUUCGAUGCUAUUCGGAGGAAUGUACAGAAGCCCAGAUGGGACCUGGGGGCCGCGGCCGCAUUGGUAA